AUGGUGUUGUGUAGCUGUUUAGCUAGUGCACCUGAGGACGAGGCGGUUGGUUUUACUUUUAUUAAAAUUAUUUUGCAAAUUAUUUUCGUUUUAGAGGUGUAAUAUAAUUAAACCCAUUGUAAUAUUAUAGAUAUGUUAUAUUAUAAUGCAAAUUCAUUUGUAUUAUCGGUGUAAGCAAGCAGUGGCUGACGUUUUUUGGUUUGGGGCGGGGUGAUAACUGUAUUAGGUAACUGCACAAUUUAAAAAAAAAACUUCACAGUCUCAUUACAAGCAGUUGUAAUUUCAGGGCCUCCAUGAUAUGGACAGUCCAACGCCACGGCCUCCACCGACAAUCGCUGACUAUUUUUCGCAAAGGAAAGUACAAAAAUCUCCGAAAGAACCUCGUCCAAGUAAGUUUUCUCAUUUUUUGUCUUUGUUUUAGGUGAUUGUUAGCAGUAUUAAUCCAAUCAAGCUUAUUAUGUACUUACCAAGAAGAGAUAGAAGAUUGUCUACUUGUUAUGUAACAUUUUUUUUGCCAGAAGUAAUUUUUUCUUUUCAGAAGACGAUGAUCCUGUCUUCAAGUACAUUCAGCAACUUAUGCCAGAUGUAAACAAACCAGAUGUAUGCACCGAUCAUUUGUUCAACAUAUCUGGUUAUGACGUGUCAAUGUUUUGUGAAUUCAUACGACAUUGUGCUGACCGUGGAGCGCCUGUCGUCUUCUUUGAUCUUGUCGAAAAACAUCAGGUAAACGACCAGGUAACCUAUGUGAACGAAGUAUUGCAAUAUCUACACGAGGCUGAUGACUGCAAAGAUUUUUGUGGAAUUGUUCUGCUCUACAGCAUGGGUAAGCUAUAGUGUGCGAAUUGAAAAAAAGAAAUGUUUUGGGUUUUAAAAAUCGGGGAGGGUUGGGCUGAUGGUUUUGGUCUUUUAGGGAGAAGGUAAACAUUUUUUGGCUAAAGGUAUCGGGAUUUUUCAAUUUUUUUUGUAAUUUAAAAGACCCUCAAAUUAAAAAACGUUUUUUUGGUACUCAACGCUUUCCACUUGGCUUUGUUAACAAUGUUACUUUGUAUAUUCUAACCAUAUUCAAUUACUUUGAACAUAAUUAACGAUUUUAGGCGACUACAUAUCUCUUGAAACGACAAACAAAGUUGAGGAUGAUACGGCAGAAAGAUUUAAUGAACUUUUUGCCAAAGUUAAAGAAAAGUUUCAACAUAACGUGAACAUUUGGUACCUGUUGAGGCACGCAAGUUUACCGUUCCACCAUGUUUAA